CUCAUCAUUUGUAUAAAACGAGGCAUCCAGCAGAGAUCAGCUCCUGACGAAACCUUCCUGAUUCUGUCCGUCCGUCUCUCUCACUGCUGCCAUGACCUUUGUAGCUCCUCCUGGCUAUCAGCCAAUCUACGGCCCUAGAAUUCCCUAUCUGGGGCCCAUUUAUGGAGGCCUGAGGGAGGGGACGUCCAUCUACCUCCAGGGGUCCAUUCCUGAGGACAUUACCAGGUUCUUUGUCAACCUGCUCUGUGGAGAGUCAGAGUCCAGCGACAUCGCCCUCCACUUCAACCCUCGCUUCGACGGCUGGGACAAGGUGGUCUUCAACACUUGUGAGAAUGGAUCCUGGGGGUCAGAGGAGAAGAUUCGUGAUAUGCCGUUCAGCAAAGGCCAGGCCUUUGAAAUGGUCAUCAUGGUCACUUCACAAGGCUACCAGAUCAAAGUCAAUGGGAAUGACUUCUUCUCCUUCCCUCACCGUAUGCCUGCGGAAAGAGUUCGUGCAAUGCAGAUCGCAGGAGAUGUUUCCAUCCAGACGAUUAAUGUCAUAGGGGGUGGAAUGGGAGGAGGAAUGGGAGGAGGAAUGGGAGGAGGAAUGGGAGGAGGAUAUCCAGGAGGCGGCAUGGGGGGAGGAUACCCAGGUGGUCAGGGAGGAUACCCAGGUGGUCAGGGAGAAUACCCAGGUGGUCAGGGAGGAUACCCAGGUGGUCAGGGAGGAGGAAUGGGAGGAGGAAUGGGAGGAGGAUAUCCAGGAGGCGGCAUGGGGGGUGGAUAUCCAGGAGGCAUGGAAGGUGGAAUGGGGGGAGGAUUCCCAGGAUCAAACCUGCCGAGCAUGGGUGGGCAGCCAGUCUACAACCCUCCUGUGCCCUACUACGACUCAAUCCCAGGAGGGAUGUUCCCUAAGAGGACCAUCGUCAUCAGAGGCAUGGUGCCCUAUGGAGCAGACAGAAUGAGCAUCAACUUCGUGGUGACCAGAUCUCGAGACAUCGCCUUCCACAUGAACCCCAGGGUGAGGGAGGGGAUUGUGGUGAGAAACAGCAUGAUUGGAGGCAACUGGGGCCAAGAGGACAGAGAGCUCAGCUUGAACCCCUUCAUGGAGGGACAGUACUUUGAUAUGUCGAUUCGCUGUGGGAACCAGAGGUUUAAGGUGUUUGUGAAUGGGCAGCACUUGUUCGACUUCUUCCACCGCAUGCAAGGCUUCAAUGAGAUUGACAGGCUGGAGAUAGAAGGAGACGUGCAGAUCUCCUACAUCCACUUCUGAGACCACAUACACACACACAUCUAUAGGAACUAUUUCAUGUGUUUUUUUCAGUUGUUAUGUGAUCUUUCAGAAGAUAUGUCAGCCGCUGUGUUGUUAAUCUCAGGUUUUUAAACUUCCUGCUGUGUGAUCAUUAUAAUUAUACAAAAACUUACCUCAUCAACUGCUGUGUUGUUGGUUAACUGUAUUAAUAAACAUGUCACUAACACAUA